ACGAACCUCAACGCGCAGGCGGCAGACAGGUUAUAAGUAUUGGAGCAGCGUACAACGAGACGCAUUUGCCAUACGCGACAGUUCACGGACGAAUCUGCACGCACACCGUAAGGACAUCAAGGCAAUAAAAACGCAAUCAUUUUGGAGUCACCUACGAAUUCUAUAAAGAGCUACAACAAUGACGACUGAAGCUGUGUCAUUACCUCAUGUCUUGGCUUUUUAUCGCGUUUUGGGACUUCCAGUAGUCGAAAGUGUGAUGUCUAAAUCUGCUGAGACAUAUUUGCGCGUGAAAGAUUCUCAUCAGUUAGUACAUUGGGUGUUAACUACCGCGGAAACAUCUUUAAGUAAUGCUACGAAACAAGCAGUACCUAUUGCUGUACCCAUUGCCAAAAAAUUUGAGAGUCCUAUAAACUUUGUUGAUCACACAUUAUGUCUUGGGCUUGAUAAAAUUGAGGAAAAAGUUCCAAUGGUUAAGGAAAAACCUGAGCAGAUUUUGGAGAACGCGUACUCGUUAGCACGACUGACUGUUCAAUCAGCAUCUAUGCACAUUACAUUAGCUAAUUAUUUAAUACUAGCACAAGCUUCCAACUUGCGGGAUAUGAGCUGGAGCAAGGCAAAUCAAAUUUUAGAAACACAUUAUGGUAGUGUGGCUGUUAAAGGGUUGGAUAACACAGCUGUUCUCAUUGAUAAACUUAUAGAUAAAUAUUUUCCCGCGACAGGAGAUGAAGAGUCAAUAGAUAUAAAAACAGAUGAAGAAGACAAACUCCUCCAUACUAUACAAACUGUCGGUCGUUUAUCUAAUAAAGCUGCAUGUCGACUGUACUCGAAUAUUAUACAUCGUUUGAGGACUAUUAACACAGAUAAUUUCAAAUUUUGCAUCAGCUCUUUGGUACAAUUUCUACAGCUUACACAAUACCUGCAUGCCAUAAAUGAAAAAGUACAGGUUCACACAUCCACUUCAAAAGAUAUUGCAAAAACAGUAUCGAAACAGUAAACUGAUGUUUCAUUACUAUUAAUUCAAAGAAAAGUACUUUUUCCAAUAUCAUUAUUUUCGUAUUUAUUCUCUGUUUGCAUUUUGUUAUUGUUUAUAUUUUUGUAACUUCUUUUCAAUUUCAUUAUAUAUACAUAUACACACGCGUUAUAUUUAAGAUAUUAAACUCAUUUUAUAUUAGUGCCAGUAGGAAAACAACAACACGAAAUUGUAAAUUAUUUGAUCAUCGUUUCGUAUAGCCUUAUUUUAUCAGUAAGGAAUAUACAUUUCUAUUUAUUAUCGUUUAUACAUUCAGCACAUGUAUAUAAUAUAAAACUAUAAAUUCUGUAUAUGCCACGCA